AUGGAAUUUAAAUUAGUAUUGUUUCUAUUUUAUACAAUAUACUUAUUGAAUGGAAAAAUCAAUGCAUAUAAGGAGUCGUCCGGUUAUGUAACGGUACGACCGGAUGCCCAUAUGUUUUGGUGGUUGUUUCAAACAGAUUCAAAUAAUAAUAUCACUUCCAAUUUACCACUUGUUAUAUGGCUUCAGGGAGGUCCUGGCGGUAGUUCCACCGGAUUUGGUAAUUUCGGUGAGAUUGGUCCACAAGAUGUUAAUCUAAAUAAUAGGUCGACUUCAUGGAUCAAAUAUGCAAACCUAUUGUUUAUUGAUAACCCCGUGGGUACGGGUUAUAGUUAUGUCACUAAUAAUGAUAGUCUAACCAAAAAUAACAAAGAAAUAGCUGUCGAUUUGGUUACUCUAAUGAAAGAAUUCUACAAAAAGUUUACCAAUUUUGAGUCGACUCCAUUAUAUAUAUUCAGUGAGUCAUACGGCGGCAAAAUGACUGUCGGUUUUGCUAAAGAGCUGCAUCAGGCCAUCAAAAACAAUGAGAUUAAGUCUAACUUCAAGGGCGUAGCACUGGGAGACUCGUGGAUAUCACCUUUAGACUCAACCUCUUCGUGGGGCGAUUAUCUCUAUUCAUUGUCAUACAUUGAUAGCAACCAAAAAAAUCAAAUCGAUUCAUACUCUAAGAGAAUAAAAGACGCCCUAAAAUCGGGUGACGGCGAGCGGGCCACAAACCUAUGGGCCACUACCGAGGGAUUGGUUGGAUCGUUAACCGGCGGAAUCGACUGGUAUAACGUAUUGCUCGACACACAAACUGUGUCGCGACCGGCAGUUACCGCAGCAAAGGUCAAGUUGUAUAAUAGUUUGGCAAAUGUUAAGAACUCGGCGCUCAAGUCGGCUAUUGUACGACAAUUGUCUGUCUAUUCCAACGAUGAUUUAGAUAGACUAAUGAAUAGUGAAAUUAAAAAGAAACUAAAUAUACCAUCGACUGUGACCUGGGGUGGACAGUCAGGACAAGUGUUUAGCGCAUUGAGCGGCGAUUUUAUGCUACCCGUUGUCGAUGAUGUAGACUAUCUGUUGAAUAAUACCGAUCUUAAAGUAGUGGUAUAUACCGGCCAAUUGGAUCUAAUUGUCGACACUAUCGGUACGUUAAAUUGGAUGAGUACACUAAAAUGGUCCGGAUUUCGCGAGUUCGAUACCAGUCCACGACAUCAGUUUGGAGGCAUUCAUUCCGGUUUUUAUAAGACAUAUAAAAAUCUGUCGCUAUAUUGGAUCAUCAAAGCCGGUCAUAUGGUUCCCUCCGAUGCCGGACAUACGGCACUGCAAAUGCUUCAAAAAGUUAUUCAUAAUUAAUAAUUUUAAUACUGGUUUAAAUUUAUUAUAAAAAAAUUAUAAAAUAAGUGAAAUCAAAUUUUAAUAAAAAAAUUAAUUUAUUUGUAACUUACUUAUCUACUGUAUAAUAGAUAGAAACUAAAAUUAAAUAAAAAUUAUA